AUGGUACUUACUAGAUUUGACAUAAAAGACUGUCACUCAGGAGAUACACCCACAGCUAAGGGAGAAAGGUUCGGUCUCAGUCAAUGCCCCAAGACUGAGGUUGAAAAGAAGGAAAUGCAGAAAAUUCCUUAUGCGUCAGCUGUAGGGAGUCUUAUGUAUGCUCAGGUAUGUACCUAUCCAGAUUUGGCGUACAUAGUUGGAAUUUUAGGCAGAUAUUUGAAUAACCAAGGAUUGGAUCAUUGGAAGGCAGCCAAAACGGUUAUGAGGUAUCUUCAGAGAACAAAAGACUACAUGCUCACCUACAGGAAAUUAGAUAAACUUGAGAUCAUUGGGUAUUCUAAUUCUGAUUUCAUUAAAUCCCACAAUAGCAAGAGAUCCACUUCGGGCUAUAUCUAUUUGUUGGCUGGAGGUGCUAUUUCCUAG